CUCUCUCUCCAGCCUUCGUGAGCUAAUUCAGGAAAAAUGUGGAUCUUGGCACUAUGGAUACUUCCUUUACUCUACAAAUUCAGCCUGACAGCUCUGCCAGCAAAGCCUGAAAACAUUUCUUGUAUAUUAUAUUAUAAGAAAAAUUUAACUUGCACUUGGAGUCCAAAGAAGGAAAUCAAUUAUACCACAUACGUUGUUAAUAGAACUUACUCUUUUGGAAAAAAACGUGACAUUUGUAAAGCCAAUAGUUCGACAGGUGCUUCGUGUUCUUUUUUCCGUCCAACUAUAACACCCCCAGAUUUCUUCACCAUUAAAGUGGAAGCUGAAAAUAAAGAUGGUGUAGCUACAUCUGAUAUUACACAUUGGACCUUAAAUGACAUAGUGAAAAUGGAACCACCUAUGAUUCUUUCUGUGAAACCAAUUUCGGGCAUCAAAAAAAUGAUGCAAAUAAAAUGGGAAUGGCAUGAUUCGUUAUUUUCUUCAUCUAAUUUCAAAUACAUGCUUCGAUUCAGGACAAUCAAUAGUACCCAUUGGGUGGAAGUCGACUUCCAGAGUGUUGAUCUGGUCUACAACCUCACGGGGCUGCAGGCUUUCACAGAAUACAUCAUAGCCAUGCGAUGUAUGGUCAAAGGAUCAUACUUUUGGAGUGACUGGAGCCAAGAAAAAAUGGGACUAACCGAGGAAGAAGUUCCAGAUGGCCUGGAUCUGUGGAGGGUCCUGAGACCAGCUGAGGUGGAUGGAAGGAGGCCAGUGCAGUUGCUCUGGAAGAAAGCAAGAGGAGCCCCAGUCCUGGAGAAAACAUUUGGCUACAUCCUAUCAUACUUUCCAGAAAACAACACUAACCUCACACAGAUAAUUAAUACCACCACCCAGCAGUGUGAGCUGUACCUGGGAGGUGAGACCUACUGGGUGUCUGUGACUUCUUAUAAUUCUCUUGGGAAUUCUGCAGCGGCCACCCUGAGGAUUCCAGCUGUCAAUGAGACGCCAUUUCAGUGCAUUGAGGCCAUGCAGGCCUACUUUGCCCAGGACCUGCUGGUGGUGGAAUGGCAAAGCUCCGCUCCAAUGGUGGACACAUGGAUGGUUGAGUGGUUCCCAGAUUUGGACUCAGAGCCCUCUGACAUCUCCUGGGAAUCUGUGUCUCAGGCCAGGAACUGGACAAUUCCACAAGAUAAAUUAAAACCUUUUCACCUCUAUAACAUCUCUGUGUAUCCACUGAUCCAAGACCUAGUGGGAGAACCAUAUUCCAUCCAGGUGUAUGCUAAAGAAUGUGCUCCAUGGAGGGGUCCUAUAACCAAGGCAGAAAAUAUUGGUGUGAACACAGUUACAAUUACAUGGGAAGAGAUUCCCAAGAGUGAGAGAAGAGGUUUUAUCAGCAGCUACACCAUAUUUUACCAAGCUGAAGGUGGAAAAGAAUUCUCCAAGACAGUCAGCUCCAGCGUCCAGCAAUAUGACCUGGAAUCUCUGACACGAAAGACCUCUUAUACUGUUCGUGUCAUGGCCAGCACCAGAGCUGGGGGGAAAAAUGGGACGGAGAUAAACUUCAGGACAUUGUCCCUCAGUGUCUUUGAGAUUGUCCUUAUAACUUCUCUGGUUGGAGGAGGACUUCUUAUAUUCACGGUCCUGACUGUGGCCUCUGGUCUCAAAAAAGCAAUCAAGUUGACUCACCUGUGUUGGCCCAUUGUCCCCAACCCUGCUGAAAGUAGUAUAGCCACGUGGCAUGGAAAUGACUGCAAGAAUAAGCCAAAUCUUAAGGAAUUUGAUGACUCUGUGAACACAGAAGAUAGCAUCCUAAAAUCAUAUUGUGUUCCCAGUGACCUCAUUGACAAGUUGGUGGUGAACUUUGAGAAUUUUUUGGAAGAGGUGUCCAUAGAAGAAGCUGAAAAGGGCCAGGAAAACAUUUGGGGAGGAGAAAGGAAUGAGUAUGUAACCUCCCCCAACAGGCCUGACUGUCCUCCAGAAAAGAGUUCGCAGGUUUUAACUGAGAUUCCUUCCAGAAAAUCUGAACUCUCAAAGUUAGAAAUGUCAGAAGAUAACUCUUCAGAAGUUGAAGAGCAACUUCUCUCUUCUGGUGAAAGUUUAGGACCAGACUAUUUCUAUGAGGAAGGAGCAUUAAAUCCAUAUUUGAAAAAUUCAGUAACAACCAGAGAAUUUCUUGUGCAUGAAAAACUUCCAGACCAAACCAAGACAGAAGUCUAA